AUGACUUAUGAACAUGAUUGUCUUGCUGCUGCUGAUUUCUCAAAGAAUAAGAUAAAGAAGAAGAUGAAAACAUUUCAGAGUUAUUUGCAGACUUUAUUAAAUAAGAAGAUGCUAUCAUCAUCAGAGAAGAUGAGUAAGAAGAAGUUUGAGAUUGUCAUCUCUUCUGAUGAGAAGAAGAAGAAUGAGAAGAAGAAUGAUAACUGA